UCCUUGCAGGAGAGAAUAGCAAAAGCCCAUGGAUCUCAGUGUGGGUUCUGCACCCCUGGAAUGGUGAUGUCCAUGUACAGCUUACUAAGAAACCACCCUGAACCCACCAUGGAGCUGAUUCAUGAAGCCCUGGGAGGUAACCUGUGUCGCUGUACUGGAUACAGGCCAAUCAUGGAUGGCUGCCUGACCUUCUGCAAUAAAAAAGAUUGCUGUCAGCUGAAGAAAAAUCAGAAUUCUUGUGUGAAUGGAAAUAUAAAUGAUGCUAAUGAAGUAAAUGGUCAGGAAGAAACUAAUAACUCUGUUCCUUCAGCUUCCAGCGAUAUGUGCACAGGAUUAUUCAAAGAAGAGAACUUUGCACCCCUGGAUCCAACCCAGGAGCUUAUAUUUCCACCAGCACUCAUACUAAUGGACAAUGAACAUAAGACAAGUCUGAAAUUUCAAGGAGAACGAAUAACAUGGUUUUCUCCUACCAGCCUCCAGGAAUUACUGCAGCUGAAGGAUACAUAUCCAAAAGCACCACUUGUAGUUGGGAACACUGCUGUAGGUCCAGAGAUGAAAUUUAGAGGAGUGUUUCAUCCAGUCAUCAUCUUCCCUGGAAGAAUAGCUGAUCUCCAUGUUGUGACUAAGGAAGAAUCAGGAAUAACAGUGGGAGCAGCUUGCAGCCUGACAACAUUAAGAGCAACCUUAGCUGAAGCUGUCUCUGCAAUUUCUGAAGAAAAAAACACAUUGUUCAGAGCCCUUCUGCAGCAGCUUUCCACUCUAGGAGGUGCCCAGAUCAGAAACACAGCUUCUUUAGGGGGAAACAUCAUUAGCCGCGCUACAACCUCUGAUCUGAACCCAGUUCUUGCAGCAGGAGGCUGCAUCCUCAAUUUAGCCUCAACAGAUGGUACCAGACAAGUGUCUUUGGAUGAUUCCUUUUUUUCUGCAUCUGGAUGUUCCUUUCUUAAAGCUGAAGAAGUCUUGAUAUCUGUACAUAUACCAUACUCAAAGAAGGGAGAUCAUUUAUCGGCAUUGAGACAAGCUCAGCGUAGGGAGAAUGCACUGCCCAUUGUCACAGCUGGAAUGAAAGUUCGGUUUGAAGAAGGCAUAGACAUUAUUAAAGACAUUUGUAUAUUCUACGGGGGAGUUGGAGCCAGCACAGUGUGUGCAAAAGCUACUAGUAAAGCGCUGAUUGGAAAGCACUGGAAUGAGGGUAUGCUAGGUGAGGCCUGCCGACUAAUUCUUGAUGAGGUUUCUCUGCCACCUUCAGCUCCUGGUGGGAUGGUGGAAUACAAGAGAACAUUGACGAUCAGCUUCUUUUUCAAGUUCUACCUGGAGGUGUUGCAGGCCCUGAACCAGCUGGAUCCUAGUAAUCCAGAUAUCAGUGCUAUAAAGCAGUUGAAGUCUUCAACUGUGGAACACACCCAGACCUAUCAGAAUGUCCCUGAAGAUCAGCCUUCCCAGGACCCUGUCGGAAGACCCCUUGUGCAUCGUUCCGGAAUCAAGCAGGCCACAGGAGAGGCAGUUUACACAGAUGACAUGCCAUGUGUGGAUGGAGAGCUCUUUGUGAGAUUUGUCACCAGCUCCAGAGCACAUGCAAAAAUCAUAUCUAUGGAUUUUUCCGAAGCUCUCGCCCUACCAGGAGUAGCUACUGUUGUAACAGCGGAUGAUGUUCCUGGUACCAAUGAGUGUUCUCAUCAGGGUGUAUCAACACCUCUACUGGCGCAGGGCAAGGUUUUCUGUGUGGGACAAAUUAUCUGUGCAGUUUUGGCUGACACCCCUGAGCAAGCAAAGAAGGCAUCUGCCAAAGUGAAGAUUGUCUAUGAGGAUUUAGAGUCAGCUAUUUUCACAAUAGAGGAGGCCAUUAAUCACAACUCAUUUUACAAGCCACAAAGACGGGUAGAGGUGGGAAAUUUGGAAGAGGCAUUUCAGACAGCUGAUCAGGUGCAUGAAGGUGAAGUCCACAUUAGUGGCCAGGAACAUUUCUACAUGGAAACACAAAGCAUUCGGGUGGUACCCAAAGGAGAAGAUGGAGAGAUGAAUGUCUACCUAGCAAGUCAGGAUCCAACAUCUACACAGGGACUUGUAGCUGCAGCACUCAAGGUGCCUUCUAAUCGUGUUGUAUGUCAUGUAAAACGAAUUGGAGGAGGUUUUGGCGGAAAAGCGACAAAAACAGGUUAUCUUGCAGCAAUCACUGCAGUUGCUGCCAACAAGACAAAGCGUGCCGUGCGCUGUGUUCUGGAGCGAGGAGAUGAUAUGUUAAUAACAGGAGGACGCCAUCCUUUCCUAGGAAAAUAUAAAGUUGGGUUCAUGAAUGAUGGUCGGGUCACUGCUGUAGAUGUGUCCUAUUACAAUAAUGCUGGCUAUACUUCUGAUGACUCAGUCCUGGUAGUUGAAGUUGGUCUAAUGAACAUGGACAGUGGUUACAAAAUACCUAAUCUGAGAUGUAAAGGUGUUGCCUGCAAGACUAAUCUGCCAUCAAACACUGCUUUCCGGGGGUUUGGAUAUCCACAGGCUGGAUUUGUAACUGAAACAUGGAUGAGUGAAAUUGCUAUUAAGACUGGCCUUCCAGCUGAGAAGGUUAGGGAGAUCAAUUUGCACAGAGGGAUUGGCCAAACGCACUUGAAACAGGAGAUAGAUGCUAGAACUUUGAUAAUGUGCUGGAAUGAGUGCAUGGAGAAGUCUUCUUACCAUAACAGACGACUGGCCAUUGAAGAAUAUAAUAAGAAGAAUUACUGGAAGAAGAAGGGACUAGCCAUCAUCCCCAUGAAAUUUCCCAUUGGAUCCGCUGCUAAAUUUUUUGGACAGGCUGCAGCCCUUGUCCACAUCUAUCUGGAUGGAUCGGUGUUGAUUAGUCAUGGUGGGGUAGAGAUGGGACAGGGAGUCCACACAAAGAUCAUGCAGAUUGCAAGCAGAGAGUUGGAGAUUCCUAUUUCAGAAGUUCAUGUUUGCGAGACCAGCACAGGUUCAGUCCCCAACACAGUGGUAUCUGGUGGCUCUCUAGGGACUGAUGUCAAUGGAAUGGCAGUGAAGGUUGCUUGUCAAACUCUUAUGAAACGCCUGGAACCCAUUAAAGAGGCUAAUCCCAAAGGUUCAUGGAAGGACUGGGUAAACGAUGCUUUUGUGCAGUCAAUUAGCUUGUCUGCCACUGGAUAUUUUAGAGGGUUUGGCAGAGAAAUGGACUGGGACAAAGGAGAAGGGGAUCCAGCCCACUACUUUGUGUUUGGAGUUGCUUGUUCUGAGGUGGAAAUAGAUUGUCUCACUGGAGAUCAUAAGAACCUCCGGACAGACAUUGUCAUGGAUGUUGGUUGCAGCAUUAAUCCGGCUGUGGACAUAGGACAGAUUGAAGGUGCCUUUGUUCAAGGACUGGGGUUAUUUACAAUUGAAGAGCUGAAAUUCUCUCCUCAAGGAGUGCUGUAUACCCGUGGGCCAGCUCAGUAUAAAAAUUCCGGCAGUGUGUGAUGUCCCUGAGCAGUUCUACGUGUCUUUGCUCGCCAAUUCUUCAAACCCACACGCUAUAUAUUCUUCCAAGGGUGUUGGUGAGCCAGCUCUGUUCCUGGGCUCCUCUAUUUAUUUUGCCAUAAAGGAUGCAUUGACAUAUGCCAGAAAAGAAAGAGGAAUGUCUGAUCUUUUUACCCUAAACAGUCCUGCAAGCCCAGAAAAGAUAAGAAUGGCGUGUGGUGAUAAAUUUACUAACAUGAUUCCAAGAGAUGAGCCUGGUACCUAUGUUCCCUGGGCUAUCAAUGUAUGA